CCCUAUACCUGUGGGGAAUGUGGGAAGAGCUUCAGGAACAGCUCCCACCUCCUCACCCACCAGCGCAUCCACACUGGGGAACGUCCCUACAUGUGUGGGGAAUGUGGGAAGAGCUUCAGCCGGAGCUCCCACCUCCACAUCCACCAGCGCAUCCACAGCAGGGAAAGGCCUUACAAGUGUGGGGAAUGUGGGAAGAGCUUUAGCCUGAGCUCCAACCUCCACAUCCACCAGCGCAUCCACAGCAGGGAACGGCCCUACAAGUGUGGGGAAUGUGGGAAGAGCUUUAACCAGAGUUCCAGCCUCCGCACCCACCAGCUCAUCCACACUGGAGAACAGCCCUACGCGUGUGGGGAAUGUGGGAAGAGGUUUCAGACCAGCUCCAAUCUCCUCAUGCAUGAGCGGCUUCACACGGAUGAGAGGCCCUUCCGCUGCACCGACUGCGGGAAGGGCUUCAAGGAGAACGGCACCCUCGUCAGGCACCGGCGCAUCCACACAGGGGAGAGGCCCUACAAGUGUGGGGAGUGUGGGAAGAGCUUCACCAACAGCUCUAACUUGACCAGACACCGGCGGACCCACCGGUAAGGGAGCCCUGUGAGUGCCUCAACUGCAGGAAGAGCUUCAGCUGCUGCU